UGGAGCUGAGCAGGGAGAGGAGCUGAGUGGCUCCACUGGCUGCUGUUGCUGCUGGAAUCCGGAUAUGAUGAAAAUGUUUUAGACGCAACAAACUCAGCAAACUACCGCCACUGAACAUUCGAGGCGUCGCCAGGAUUGUUGUAGACAUUUUUCACAACACCAACAAACGCUGGACUGGUUCUUAAACUGCACCAAAACUAGCAAAGAAAGUUAGCAUAAGAGAAGUUUUCUUUUUCUUUUUCUUUUGGCGCUGACUUACUCUUUCACCCAGUUUUUCUUCCCUUUUUGUUUUUUUCUUCGCAGCGGGGAAAUAGUUGGAGGAAGGAAGGAUGGGAAUAAGUCAGAUUUGAAGCAGAGGGAGUUGACAUGUUUGAAAGCGCCGACGGCUGAAGGGUGAAAAGGGAGGAACGUCUUCGUCUCUGUGUGUCCCCGAAAAGACGACUGUCUCAUGUCCAAGGAGACCGUCCUUCCUCCGGAUGGGCCAGCAGGGCCAGAGAAGGGCCCUAAGCAAGAGACAAGUCCACUGCUACCUGCCUCACACGAUGACCGCGACAGUGAAUCGUCAGGAAGAAGGCCAUCUCCCAGGAAACCAGCCACUGAAGGACCAAGUCACGUGACAGGCGAGAGGCCUAAUUAUUCCGAGCCCGUAAGAACUCAACCUCACUCCGAGUCUCAACGGAUACCCUCGGAGCUCGCCGAGGGAGACUCUGCCAAGGACCAAAACGGCUUUCGCCAGAACAGCACUGGCGUGCCAGCACUGAGUAAUGGCAGCGGAAUCCACCCUGGCAUAGGCGGCGCCGGGGCCACACGCAUGUGCUCCUGCGGUGCCAAUAUCAGCACGGGCGCCGCGAGGGGAUCAGACGCGAACACGAAGGCAGCGCCGUCCGCGCCGACUACAGAGCAGCCCAGGAAGCAGCCAUCCACGCCCGUGUCUCAGAGGAUGCAGAGGAAAUUGAGGUCCAGCUUGUCAGUCAACAGUGACAGCAGCAGACGCAGCAAAGGCAGCUCCACUGGGUCACAGAAAGCACCUUUACCAGAGGACUGCUGCGUCCACUGCAUCCUGGCCUGCCUCUUCUGCGAGUUCCUGACACUCUGCAACAUGGUGGUGGCGCAGGCCUCGUGUGGCGCGUGCACGUCCGAGGCGUGCUGCUGCUGCUGCUGCGGCGACGACCUGGGCGACGACUGCAACUGCCCCUGUGACAUGGACUGUGGCAUCAUGGAUGCCUGCUGCGAGUCCUCGGACUGCCUGGAAAUCUGUAUGGAGUGCUGCGGCAUCUGCUUCCCCACAUAGGGGGCACCUCCGUGUCUCUGCAUGGGAUAACUGGACCCCGGGAUGAAGGAGAACGUAUAGAGCGGCUGUCACUUUAAAUUCAGCAUUAAACACGAAGAAGUGUGUGUCUGCUUGUGUGUGUGUGUGUGUGUGUGUGUGAGAUGGAUUUAUGUGAAUUCUAAUGACUGGUAUUGGCGAGUAAAGAUGUAUCGACACUGGGCUUCUCCGUAACAACCAGCUCAGCAGGGAUGAUGAGAAGUAACUCCAGAUAUAUGAACAUUAAUUAAUAAAUCUUUAGUUGAUAAUAAGUUUAUGUUAUGUACUCUCUGGAACAAAAAGUAGUAUCACAGGUUUUAUUAUUAUUAUUUUUGUUAUCAGGAAUAGUGUUUAAUAAUCUCCAAUACUUUGCAGUCUUAGUACUCUCACUACAACACUGUAAAAAUGCCGAAGUGAUGCAUGCUGUAUUUUUGCAGUAGGCUUUCAUUCACACACCAUCGACUGUAGCACUGUAAAACAAAUCAAAACUGGUGGAAAAAUGAUCAAUUCUAUCAUUUGGUACAUUCCUACACUACAAGUAAAGGCAAAAAUGAUGACAAUAUUGUCACGGAUAUGAACUGCACAAAAUAGUAUAGUGUAUACUUGGAGCGUCUCAUCUUAAUAACGCCAUUGUGAUUUGGUUGACUCUGAAUCUGAAUCUUGGUUUGACUGGAAGUUUUGGGUCCUCAUAUUUUCAACACAAAACAUUCUCACCAGUUUAAUGUACAGUUAAAAUAGAUUGCUUAUGUCUUUUAUUGCUUUCAAAGCCCUCCUCUACCGUAAGAAAUCGACGAUCCGGCGUUGCCAGCUGACAUACAUGCUGCAUGAGCGGUGUGAUAAGAAGUUUAAAAAAAAAACA